AUGGGUCGCCGCAAAUCUAAACGAAAGCCACCACCAAAAAGAAAAGCUAUAGAGCCACUAGAUCAACAGUUUAACUGUCCCUUCUGUAACCACGAAAAAUCUUGUGAAGUUAAAAUGGAUCGGGCAAGAAAUACAGCCAGAAUACAAUGUAGAGUUUGCUUAGAAGAUUUUCAGACCACAACUAAUGUUUUAUCUGAACCCAUAGAUGUUUAUAAUGACUGGGUGGAUGCAUGUGAAACUGCUAAU